AUGGCUGGGUCAGGCUUCCAGGGCCACCCCGCUGCCGGAUCUCUCCUGUUCCUGCUGAUGUUCCUGCCCCAGGCCCUGAUGGAAGAAGGACCCCUGGUGUUCGUGGCUGUGGUGUUCCGCCAUGGUGACCGGGCCCCGCUGGCCUCCUACCCCAAGGACCCGCACAAGGAGGCUGUUUCCACCCUGUGGCCACGUGGCCUGGGCCAGUUGACCUCGGAGGGGGUUCUCCAGCAGCUGGAGUUGGGCCGCUUCCUGAGGAGUCGCUAUGAGGCCUUUCUGAGCCCCACGUACCGGCGGGAGGAGGUGUACGUUCGCAGCACAGACUUUGACCGGACGCUGGAGAGUGCUCAGGCCAACCUCGCAGGGCUGUUCCCCGAGGCUGCCCCGGGGCGCCCUGAGGCCGCCUGGAGGCCCAUCCCUGUGCACACGGUGCCUGUCACUGAGGACAAGCUGCUGAGGUUCCCCACGCGCAGUUGUCCCCGAUACCACGAACUGCUGCGCGAGGCCACCGAGGCGGCUGAAUACCAGACAGCCCUGGAGGGCUGGACGGACUUCCUGAUGCAACUGGAGAACUUCACGGGGCUGUCACUGGUCGGGGAGCCGCUCCGCAGGGCGUGGAAAGUUCUGGACACACUGAUGUGCCAGCGAGCCCAUGGUCUUCCCCUCCCAUCCUGGGCCUCCCCGGAUGUCCUGCGGACGCUAGCCCAGAUUUCAGCUUUGGAUAUUGGGGCCCAUGUGGGCCCACCCCGGGCAGCAGAGAAGGCCCAGCUGACAGGGGGGAUCCUUCUGGAUGCCAUCCUUGCCAACUUCUCUCGGGUCCAGCGCCUGGGGCUGCCCCUCAAGAUGGUGAUGUAUUCCGCUCACGACAGCACUCUGCUGGCCCUCCAGGGGGCCCUGGGCCUCUACGACGGGCACACCCCACCGUACGCUGCCUGCCUUGGCUUCGAGUUCCGGAAGCGCCUUGGGGACCCGGAGGAAGAUGCAGGGAACGUCACCGUCUCCCUCUUCUACCGCAACGACUCCGCUGGCCUGCCCCUGAGCCUCCGUCUCCCUGGGUGCCCGGCCCCCUGCCCACUAGGCCGCUUCCGCCAACUGACCGCCCAGGCCCGGCCUCCCGUUCAUGGGGUCCCCUGCCAUGGCUCCCAUGAACCUGCCCCACCCACAGCCACCAUGGUGCCCCUGCUGGCCGGGGCUGUGGCCUUGCUGGUGGCACUCAGCGUGGGGCUGGGCCUGCUGGCCUGGAGACCCGGCUGCCUGCGGGCAUGGGGAGACCCGGUGUGAAACGAGAAACGGGGCACCCUUCCCCCACAGUUGACCCUGGAUCCCAACAUGUCUGCUCACCUGCUGCACUGGCUUCCGUGACUGUGUGCCUAUGCGCGUGGGGGACACGGGAGGACCCUGGGCCCAGAAGCUGCAAGUGGAUGUAUGCACACGUGUGUGUGGGUGUGUCUAUGUGGUUCAAGUGUAGACAUUGGUGUUUCUGCACUGAAGACGUGCAGUGUCUACACUGAGGUUCCCACGCAGGUCCACACGUGUGCCUGUCACGUGGGGGAUGUGCAUGGGCAUCUAUAUUUAGCAUGUUUCUCAACAGGCAUGGGAGCAUGUGGUGAGGACCUGCGGGGUGGGGCGAGCCCUGGGUGUGUAGGUGAAGCACUUGCAAUGUGUGCACCUGAUAUGCAACAAAGUUGCACCUGCACGAGCCCAUCUGUGGGUCAUGCACUACUGAGGCUCUCUAUGCCCUAAAGAGCUACCAGGGACGGUUUUAAUCCUCUCCACUGGGGGGGGGGGGAGGGCGGAUGGGCUUCAGGUCUAUCUUGUGGAGGGAAUUCAAGGAAGGCCUGGCCCAAAGGCUGGUCAGUAAUAAUCGGGAGGCUCUGUGGCUCUGGACAAGUGACUGGCCUCUCUGUGCUCCCAUCUCAUUUGGCACAACCAAGACUCAAAUUCAUUGGACCUCACUACCCCUGAAAUUAACCUCCCGGGACCAGCAAAGCAGGUGUGACCGGUACCAUUUUCUCAGGGCUGCGCCUAAUACAGCGCACACUACCGGCUGCCAUGUGGCCAGUUAAGUUAAAUAAAAUAUCAAGUUCAGGUCCCACUUGCAUGGCCACAUUUCAAGCCAUCAGCCACACGUGGCUGUCCUACUGGACAGCGCUUAAACCUACAGCACAUCCAAUACAAACAGCAGACUCCGCGGGGCACUGGGUGUGGGCCAGGCACAGCUCCAGGCCG